ACAUCUCUGUAUAUAUACACAAAGUGUCGGAGGUGAGGUUUUCACUUUCAGUCAAAAACUCGCCCAUCAGCUCAAUGGACAAGUACGAGGUAGUGAAGGAUCUUGGAGCAGGGAAUUUUGGGGUAGCAAGGCUCCUGAGACAUAAAGAAACCAAAGAUCUCGUUGCCAUGAAAUACAUUGAGCGUGGUCAAAAGAUUGACGAAAAUGUGGCAAGAGAGAUCAUAAACCAUAGAUCACUUCGUCAUCCUAAUAUUAUCCGGUUUAAGGAGGUUGUACUGACACCUACACAUCUAGCAAUAGUGAUGGAGUAUGCUGCUGGUGGAGAGCUCUUUGAUCGUAUCUGCACCGCUGGUCGAUUCAGUGAAGAUGAAGCAAGGUAUUUCUUCCAGCAAUUGAUCUCUGGGGUCUCCUUCUGCCACUCCAUGCAAAUAUGUCAUCGGGAUUUGAAGUUGGAAAAUACCCUUUUAGAUGGAAGUCGAGCACCUCGGCUGAAAAUAUGUGAUUUCGGAUAUUCAAAGUCGUCACUUCUUCAUUCAAGGCCCAAGUCAACUGUUGGAACUCCAGCUUACAUUGCUCCUGAGGUUCUUUCUCGUAGAGAGUACGAUGGCAAGUUGGCAGAUGUAUGGUCAUGUGGAGUGACACUAUACGUUAUGCUGGUGGGAGCAUACCCUUUUGAAGAUCCAGCUGAUCCCAAAAACUUCAGAAAAACCAUUAGUCGUAUUAUGGGCAUUCAAUACAAAAUUCCAGACUAUGUUCACAUAUCUCAAGAAUGUAAACAACUUCUCUCACGUAUAUUCGUGGCAAAUCCUUCGCGGAGGAUUACGAUCAAAGAAAUCAAGAAUCAUCCAUGGUUUCUAAAGAAUUUACCAAGGGAGCUCAUGGAAUCGGCUCAAACCAACUAUUAUCAACGAGACAACCCAAGUUUUUCUCUUCAGAGUGUGGAGGAGAUCAUGAAGAUUGUGGAGGAGGCUAGAAACCCUGUGCCAUCUUCAAAAUCGGUAGGGUAUUUUGGUUGGGGAGCUGAAGAGGAUGACGAAAAAGAGGAAGAAUUUGACGAAGAAGAAGUAGAAGAAGAAGAUGAAUAUGAAAAGAGGAAUCAAGUGGAGCACUUGGAGGAACAUGAAGCACCUGGAUUUGUGACAAGAGUUGUGACAGAGCACUUGGAGGUGGAAUGGAGCAUCAGGGAUCAACAUGGAAAACUUGGAGUUGGAGUGGAGCAUCAAGAAGGAGAAUGGAGCAUCAAUGAUGCGCCAUGCAUCAUGAUGCUCCAUAUUGAAGAUGAUGUCCCACCUUUUGCACAAGGUACGCCAUCCAUGCACAAGGUGCGCCACCUAUAA